AUGGAUUUUGUUGAAAAACUUUUCUGGACUCCAAAUUUUAUUUAUAAAAUGGUUGGAUACGAUUUUCUUCAAACCCGAAAACCUAAGAGGAUCAAAUAUAUAAUGAAUACAUUUAUAUUCUGUGCGGUUAUCUGUCAUUUUUUUUGCAAAUAUAUAAUGUUUAAGUAUAUGUUCGAGAAAGCUCGAGCAUUGGAAAUUUUGAGUGCAUUACGUAUUGCGAUUUUUGCCUCAUAUGCAGUUGACUCCAAUAUAAAAUUUCUGGCCUUUAUAAUCAAUCGCAAACGUAUGCGCAAAAUACAUUUCAUACUCUCCAAAAUCUAUCCUAAGUCUCAGGAGGAACAAAACAUUUAUGCCGUCUACGAAAACAAUCGUUCACCUAUAAUACGCGUUACUCUGCAGAUCUUUUAUAUUUCCUGCUUUUUGGUAAUAAUAGGGCCGAUAAUUGAGACUGCCUGCAAAUUUUUGUACCAAUUAGUAACGUUGGGUUUUAGUAAUGCCAGCUUGGAUUACUCUAAACCAAUGCCAAUGGAGUAUGAUUUUGAUUUUCGUAGUGCUGCGUUGUACUUACCCAUAUAUGCGAUUGAGGCUUUGAAUGUGCACUUCACAACGGUUACCAAUAUAGGCACGGAUCUGUGGUUGAUAAGCUACGUCAUGCAAGUGUGUAUGCAUUUGAAGUUUAUUUGUCGUAUGUUGGAGAAAUAUGAACCCGAGCGCAAUAACGAAAAAAUGGAUUGUGCUUUCUUGGGGUCACUCAUCAAAAAACAUCAACUUAUGUUGUACAUAUCUAAUCAACUAAAGGACAUCUUUGGUAUAUCAUUGGCAUUCAAUUUGAUAUCUACGACCACAGUACUUUGUGGAAUUGCAGGAUAUUUAUCCAUCACAUUAGAUUUAAGUCUGGAGUUUUGUUUUUUAAUUGGUUUCCUGUUAACCGUAUCAGCUCAGUUCUUUUUGGUUUGUUUCUAUGGUCAGCAGUUGAAAGAUUUGAGUGAGCAGAUAGCCUUGGCAGCAUAUAAGAAUGCCUGGUACAACGGUUCCAAAGCAUACAACAAUAUGAUAUGGAUUAUCAUGAUGCGAGCCCAAAAACCUGCUGAAUUAUAUGCAAAAGGAUUCCAAUCCAUUUGUUUGGACACUUUUAAAACUAGUAUGGGUAUGACUUAUCGAGUCUUUGCUCUUCUACGUCACUUGCUUAAAUGAAAUAAUAACAUUAUUGAUGAUCGCUUACAGUGGAAGAGCAAAGUUAA